AUGGCCAACAAGUCGACGCAACGUUUAAGCUUGAUCUCUAGACACCUGGACCGCUUACCAUUGCCCGACCUCAAUACUCCCUUCUCGACCGAGAGAGACUCCCUCGUCCCAGACGACAUCGAAUAUAAACCCAUCGACCGCUCCAUUCCUCCUGCCCCUCUCCCCGAACCUACACCCAAGAUGUCUGCUCAAGCCCCUCACAACACCCUCCUGAUCCCGGGUCCCAUCGAGUUCGACGAUGCCGUGCUCCAGUCCAUGUCCCACUAUGCUGAGAGCCACGUCGCUCCCGGCUUUGUCAAGGUCUUUGGCGAGACCCUAACUCUCACUCGCAAGCUCUUCCAAUCCACCAAUCCCUCCGCACAGCCCUUCAUCAUCGCUGGUAGUGGCACCCUAGGCUGGGACCUGGUCUCCGCCAACCUGAUCGAGCGCGGCGAGAACGCCCUGGUCCUCAACACCGGCUACUUCGGCGACUCCUUCGGCCAGUGUCUCGAGUGCUACGGCGCACAGGUCACCCACCUCAAGGCUCCCAUCGGUGACCGCCCAUCCCUGGAGGAGAUCGAGCAGGCCCUCAAGCAGAAGCCAUACAAGCUGAUCACCCUCACACACGUUGAUACCUCGACCGGCGUCCUCAGCGACGUCAAGGGUGUCGCCCAGCUCGUCCGCCGCGUCAGCCCAGAGACCCUCGUCAUCGUCGAUGGCGUGUGCAGUGUCGGCUCCGAGGAGAUCGCCUUCGACGAGUGGGACCUCGACGCCGUAGUAACAGCCAGCCAAAAGGCCAUCGGCUGCCCCCCGGGUUUAAGCAUCGUCAUGACCUCUGGCCGCGCGAUCCAGCGCGCCCAGUCCCGCAAGACCCCACCAGGCUCCUACUACGCCGCUAUCGCCAACUGGCUCCCCGUCAUGCAGAACUACGAGAACAACAAGGCCUCGUACUUCGCCACCCCUCCCACCCAGCUCGUCCACGCCCUGCACACAACCCUCAGCCAGAUCACGGCCGAUGUCCCCGGCCGCUUCGCCAUCCACGCCCAGGUCUCGGAUAAGGUCAAGGCCGCCGCUGCCGCGCUCGGCCUUAAGCAGCUCGCUCCCCGUCCCGAGUGCCAGGCUCACGGUAUGACUGCUAUGUACCUACCCGAGGGUCUGGCUCCCGCAGAUGUCCUGCCCGGUCUGCUUAAGCGUGGUGUCAUUUUUGCAGCUGGUCUGCACAAGGAGAUUGCUACCAAGUACAUCCGUUUUGGUCACAUGGGUGUCAGUGUUACUGACUCCAACCGGAAGGAUGUGGACAAGGCCCUGGCUGCGCUGAAGGAGGCGCUUUCUGAGGCUAAGCAGGCUAAGGGUCUGUAG